AUGCAGUCUGCCACAUCAUCCACACCGCUGGCCGGUGAUCAUGAACCCGCCAAAGCCCUCGACAGCAUGCGAACGAGCCCCGCAGCCACGGCUGGCCGCCCACGAAUGCAAGGUCGUCAGAGAAUCGUCUUCACAGAUCCGGUGGCUCUUCGAUACCUCGAAGAAGAUCCCUCGACAGAUGUACUGCAUCGUCGUGAAACCCUUCAAGGCUACGAGAUAUACAUUGUUGAACAAUGGGCCUGCUCACGACAGCAUCCUACGUUCGUGAUUGCCACAUACACCGGGGAGUUGUCUCACAAGAUCUUUGUGGGGGUACUCAGUGUCCCAACAGAUGAGUCGGCCUGGUCGCCUCGGCUGCGGAUGUACUUUGGUGCUGUGGAGCAAUGCUGUGCGCGCAGGAAGGAAACACCGCUGGGUACGAUCAUGAUCACUGAUCUCGGUUCAUUUUCAUCCGCCUUGACGAUCAUCCUGGUGCCUGAGGGGGAUAUCAAACGACAUCGCGACGAUUUCAUAGUAAAUGAAAAUCUGAAACGGCUUGGAUGCGCUGGCCGCGCCGGCUUGAAGCUACAAUAUCCCUCAGCGGCCACCAAGGCCAAGUUUUACCAGCUUUAUCGCACGAGCGAGCGGGUCGAGCUCUACAAGGCCGUGGUGGAAUUGGUCAGGCAGUGUCAAAUCGCCUUGAUGGUAUUUGACAAGCUGAUGCCCGAGUACGUCGAUGGCUUGCUCUGCGAUGUGACUGAGAAGGCCAUAGGAGACUGGUGGGCGGACAUCGGCACAGAUUUGUAUAAUGUUGAACCGAGCGAUGGUGCCCUCGGACCGACCAGUGUUGCGGCACUGUUGGGGACAUUCCUCGGGGCCCGUAAUCGCCUACACGCAUACGGCGCACCUGUUGCAAAAGAUGCCUUCGACAUUGAUAGUUUCAAGAGAGGGAUUGGCAGUUUCCAGAAAUCCCAGAAGUUGCCUCGAUCUCGACGACUGGAUCGACGGACAAUCGACAGAUUGCACCGUGCCACCGUUAAAGCUGCAAACUCUGAAGGUUGGACAGAUGCCAUAAAGUCUACGAUGACGGAACUAAGUGGGCAGGGUGGUGAGAUGGUCAUGGGUAUGGUGCGCGGCCGCGAGAAAGGCGGAAUUGCCGAUGUUGAGACCCUUGACCUCGACAAUUUCGUGCAACGCGUAAGCGGAUCAAGAGCCAAAUGGCUGUGGCUUGGAAAACGGCCAAAAGGCAGCGUUGAGCCUGGCUUUGCGUCCAAGGAUGGUCCAGACGCCGUCUUCACUGCAGACGAUCAAGGUGGAUAUGUAUGGACAAGUCGCAAAAAGAACUCAGCGGAGGAGCUCCACGCUGAGCGCAUCCCUACUGGCCCCGACAAGCAAGCAAAGCCAGGGGAGUCGCCUGUGACCGAAGAGAAGGAGCCUCGUAAAAAGGGCAUGAGUGGGAGAGUCUCUGAUGCUCGAGCUGGUCUUGGGCGAUUCAAGGAUGCCGUCGGACUGCCUGGUCUUCGCUCGAACCACAAACAACCACGUGAAGCAGCAGAAGUGACUCAUGAUAUCGCGUAUCAGCCCCAAAUUGAAAGCGAUACCGAGGGAUCUUCAUCAAAGAUCAAAAUCGAUCCUGGGCGCUUUGUUGUUUUGCCGAGUGCAGAAGAUAAAAUCCAUCCACAAGCUGAGCAGAGCGCUGCUCAGUCUGCCAUCGCUGGGACUGAAGCUGAGGUCAAGCCUCCCGAGAUCCAUGUUGAGAGGGUUCUCUCUCUUUCGAGAGAAGAAGAGCAAGCCGAACGUGCCGAUCAAUUGAAGGAACUACAGCCAAUUAUAACGAUUGAAGACGAUUCAGAUAUCGAACGUGUCAGGAGUCGGUCUACUGCCGCGUCCAGCGAGAGGGGGCAAGACCGGGCCGAUGCCAGCUCAAGUUUAGCCAUGAUGUCUCUCCGGCAUGCGCAGAGCUGUGAGGAGCUACGCGAGGUCGAGAACGAGGAACAGCGAUUGGAUGUUCGCUGUGCUCGGCACUUGUCGUUCAGCAACGCGGAGGAAGUAAUCCUCAUCUGGAACCCACUGGGCUCACAGCCCUUGCCGAAAGACACAACCGUUCUUGAAGAAGCCAUCGCCCAGGAGGACAUGCUUGCGUCUGACGCGCGCAUUUUCAGUUCUCGCAUCCUGAAGCUUAGUGAACAUACCGUGCCAUGGGUCGAGCGGCAGGUGGAGUCGGUCGAUGGUUUGAAUCGGAUUCUAUGCGAGCGUCAUGAGGAGCUCAAUGCCGUCUACUUGGAUCGUUACGGAGACUACCAGCGCCUACGAGAACGAUCUACAGACCUUGUUACGGAUGUGCAUGACCAUCUGAAUGACAGUGUGAAGCGCGUGGAGCUGCUGGGUGCUAAAAUGGACUACGAACUCCAUGUUCUCGAAUCAAAAGUCGUAGACAUGGAGGAAGGAUUGAACGAUUUUGACCGCCACAUUGAGCAUGUUGAGUCCCGAUUGAAGGGUCUAUUGCAAGGCGAGGAAGAGAAUAGCGUUUCAUGGUCCAUGUGGUUGUUGCGGUCUAUGGGAUUGAUAAAUCAGUAA